AUGCAAUACGGCCACUGGACUUAUCAGUGCCGCAACCGCCGGGUUUAUCUGCACCGGCCAACGCGCACACAGAUCCUCAAAAACCCUCGUCUUAACCCCAGACAGGUGUUUGCUGAUGAUGCCCCUGAGAUACCAAUGAUAACGGAUGGAGACUGGUAUAGAGAUAGACGGCUCGUGCAGAAGCUGAGAGAAGAAGAAAAAGAAAUUUACAAAGCAGCAAAAAAAGAAGCAAAAAAAAGAAAAAAACGCAGCAGCAGCAGCAGCAGCAGCAGCAGCAGCAGCAGCAGCAGCAGUAGUAGUAGCAGCAGCAGCAGCAGCAGCAGCGACAGCGACAGUGAUAGCAGCAGCAGCGACAGUGAUAGCAGCAGCAGCAGCAGCAGCAGUAGCAGCAGCAGCAGCAGCAGCAGCAGCAGCGACAGUGACAGCAGUACCAGCAGCAGCAGCAGCAGCAGCAGCAGCAGCAGCAGCAGAAGCAGAAGCAGCAAACGUGCGGCCCGCUCAGCUCUACCCAAGGUAAAGAAGCGUGAGUCCUCUCCAGCAGCAGCAGCAGCAGCAGCAGCAGCAGCACCAGCAGCAGCAACAGCAGCAGCAGCAGCAGAAGCAGCAGCAGCAGCAGAAGCAGCAGAGCAGCAGCUGCUGCUGGCAGUGAAGUCAGAGCCCGUAGACCCUGAAGUGCUGCGCCAGCAGCAACUGCUGCAGAAGAGGCAGCAGCAGCAGCAGCAGCAGCAACUGCAGCAGCAGCAGCAGCAGCAGCAGCAGCAGCAGGGACCAUCUAUCAAGCAAGAUCCAGAGACCUACACCCGCAGAAAGCGCCGCGCAAGGCAGAGCAGCAGCAGCAGCAGCAGCAGCAGCAGCAGUGACAGCAGCAGCAGCAGCAGCAGCAGCAGCAGCAGCGACAGUGACAGCGACAGCAGCAGCAGCAAGAAGAAGAAGCAGCAGCAAAAGAUAAAGAAAUUAAAACAGACAGCUGGGGGAGAGCUGCAUGUACACCGCAGCAAAGUCGAGCAGCAGCAGCAGCAGCAGCAGCAACAGCAACAGCAGCAGCAGCUGCUGCAGCAGCAGCAGCAGCAGAGGUAUAGGUAUUCACAUGGAGAGACAGAAGGAGACAGAGAAAGAGAAAGAAGAGACAGAGAAAGAGAUAGAGAUAGAGAUGCAGCAGAUAGAUAUAUAAACAGAGACAGAGAUAGAGAUAGAGACAGAGAGAGAGAAAGAGAUAGAGAGAGAGAUAGAGAUAGAGAUAGAGAGAGAGAUAGAGAGAGAGACAGAGAAAGGAGAGAAGGAGACAGAGAGAGAAGAGAAGGAGACAGAGAGAGAGAAAGGGAAAGAGAAAGAAGAGAAGGAGACAGAGAUACAAUACACAGAGAUAGAGAUAGAGAUAGAGAGAGAGAUAGAGAUAGAGACAGAGAUAGAGAUAGAGAAAGAGAGAGAAGAGAAGGAGACAGAGAGAGAGACAGAGAGAGAGAUAGAGAGAGAGACAGAGACAGAGAGAGAGAGAGAGAAAGAGAGAGAGGCAGAGAGAGAGAAAGAGAAAGAGAAGGAAGAGAAGGAGACAGAGAAAGAGACAGAGAUAUUGAUUUGUAUAGAGAUAGAGAGAUAUAUAGAGAGAGAGAUAGAGAUAGAGAGACAGAUAGAGAAAGAGACAGAGAUAGAGAAAAAGGAGACAGAGAGAGAAGAGGAGGAGACAGAGAAAGAGAGAGAAGAGAAGGAGACAGAGAAAGAGAAUAUAAAGAAAGAGAGAGAUACAGAGACAGAGACAGAGACAGAGAGAGAGAAAAAGAAAGAGACAGAGACAGAGAGAGAGACAGAGACAGAGAGAGAGAAAGAGAAAGAGACAGAGAAAGAGAAAGGGAAGAUAUAAAUGGAGACAGAGAGAAAGGAGACAAAGAAAGAAGAAAAGGAGACAGAGACAGAGAAAAAGAAAAAGGAGACAGAGACAGAGAAAAAGGAGACAGAGAAAGAAGAGAAGGAGACAGAGAAAAAGAAAAAGGAGACAGAGACAGAGAAUAUAAAGAAAGAGAGAGAUACAGAGACAGAGACAGAGACAGAGACAGAGAGAGAGAAAGAGAAAGAUAG